AUGAUUGAGCCCGCUCCGCGCCGCUCUGUCGAGCUGCCAGAAGAGAUCCUUUGCAAGAUCAUCUUCUACACCCUCGGUCACAACGGUAGUGUCAUCCAUGGACGGCACUACGACACCAUGGCAAAGCUCUUUGAGCAGCUCGCCAACUUGUGCUGCGUCUCGUCAAAAUUCCAUGAUCUCACAAAGUCUGUCUUCUAUGGCAUGACUAUGUUUCAGUUUCCAAUCGAAUUCGAGUCAAGCAGGAACAAACAUGGCAACUCCCUUGGUCCUCUCCUCCCAAUGAGGCGGGCUCUAAGCUCCCUCCGACGCAUCACUCUCGAGAUUGGCAUCAUGGACUCACGCCUUGAGCUUCUCGAUCCUGAACGUCGCGCCUUCCUUGAUCGUGACAGCCAUGAGCUUCGCAAAGUCAUCUGGUUCAGUUCCGUCGGAGACCUCUACCGAUACUGCCCUGGUGCACGAACCCUCCGCCUUCUCACCAACAACAUCACGGAGCUGGGUGUCCUCGACAUUCACAUCUUCGAGAAUUUUCGGCACAACGACAAGCAGUGGGCAAUUGAUCUAUAUCGCGCUGCUCGCUUCAACGUCCGCGCUGGCGAAGUCAACGUGCGCGUCAGCAAUCUCCUCACUCCCGAUUCUCCUCAGAAACCCUGGUACCCUGACUUGAUCAAGGCUCUCAACAUCGAGAAGAGGGUGACUGCCACUGAUGGUGGUAACUUCCACUGA